AAAUCAGUUCAUGUAAAACGACAGCUUAUCACUCCCACGAAUGCAACGGAGGCCAACGAUGGCCUUCGCUCUCCACUCUCCUCCUUCAAGGCCUCCACUCACUCUUCCAUUCAAAAGCCAAAAGCCCAUUUCUCCUCUCCUUAAUUGCUCAAUCGCCCAUCUUUCUCUCGCCGGAGUCCCAACAACCGGUCAUGGAUCCCGGCCCCUGGUUUUGACGGCAGUAUCACCAGCAUCCGAGGUAGCGGACGUCGAAGAAAAACCAGAAAAUUUUCCUCCCACUUCAUCAUAUAAAGAUCCGGAAGGUAUUUCAAACCAGGACCUGGAGAAUAAUGUGCUCCUGCUGAAGCAGGCCGCAAAAACACGGAUGGUUCCAGCUGCGGAUGUUCUCUCUGCCAUCUCCGCCAUUAAGAAGGCUAAGGUGGACUCAUCAUCGUUCUUGGAGACGCUUGGGGGAUCAAAGUCUCCUGGGAGGACCUGGAUGCUUAUCUUUACUGCUCAGAGUCGGCUGGAUAAGGGGAGUUACUUCCCCGUCACUGCGGUGCAGCGAUUUGACGCAACGGCCAAAAGAAUUGAGAAUGGAAUCUAUCUAGGGCCAAUUGGGUCCCUAACAUUUGAAGGGAAGUUCUCCUGGAAGAAGAAAAUGUUGGCUUUCAUGUUUGAGUACUUGCGAAUAAAGGUAGGAUCACUUGGUCCCUUUGAAAUAAGCCUGGGAAAGCAGGAGCGAGAGCCAACUUCAAAGGACCCUUUCUUCAUCUGGUUUUACAUUGAUAAUGAGAUUGCUGUUGCUCAGGGCAGAGGUGGAGGUUUUGCAUUUUGGUGUCGAUGCAGGCAUGUUGCAAACUCCUAGUUUACCACAGGUAUUAUUCUGCAUGGCUUACUAUUUAAUUCAUAGAGCUCAAAUGUUAUUAUUGCCUCAUAGAACUUACACUAAUGUUACUAUAGAAUGGUAUUUCUACUUGUAGUUUAUAAGACUAUAGUGUAUACUAUUGUUGUAUUAUAGUGUAUUGAUAGUACUAUAGAAUGAAUACCUUUAAGAGAUACUUUUAACAAGGGAAA